AUGAAUUCAAAACAUCCUGUUGAAUUAUUGAAGAAAAAGAUCGAUCCUGAAGCCAUUAUGUAUAAGUUUAGAUGGAGUAAUAACUCAGUAUCAAUUGAACCCAUGACAUAAUUAACUCCAGAAAUGUUGGUUUUAGUUCAUGAUUAUGAAUUAAAACAAUUAGGGCAUGACCCUUAAGAACCUAAACCAUAAAAACAUAUAAAAUAGGAUACUUAAACUAUAGUUUAAAAUAACAAUGGAAAAAAACCUGAAGAACAAAAAAAAGAAAAAAGAUCAAAUGAUAAAACAGAUAAAACUGAUAAAACAGAAAAAAUUGUUGAGAAGACAUAAGAAAAACAUACAGAAAAAUAAAAACAAUAAUAAUAAUAAAAAGAUCUUGAUAAUGUAAUUAAUACCAAUACAGGAAAUGGUCCACAUAAACCAAGAAAGAGCAAACCAUGCUAAGUGAAAUAAGUUAGACAUGAUAAUGGAAGAGUAGAUUUUUUGGUAUGUUUUGAAGAUUCAGCUGAUUAAAAGUGGAUCUCAUUAGAUGAAAUGAAAGAAAAGUCUCCAGUUGCUGUUUGCGAGUUUUUAUUAGGAAAAGUAAAAUAUGGAGGGACAAUGAACAAAAAAUGA